AUGCCGCUCUUCAAAUCUUCGCAUGCAACCGAGCCAGCUGUCGCUCCCGUAAACGAGGCACCCCCGACUCGCAGCCGCUCCAUCUUCUCCCGUCGCCAUCCCGCAGACCCAGCGGUCGCACCGACCACGGCUACCAGCCCUACCUCCAAGCGUACGUCUGUUGAUGGUACGACCAGCCCGACGACGCGUACGGGCUUGUUUGGACGCAGGAGGAGGUCGAGCAGCUCGUUGAGCUCGAGCGACACCUCUAGUCGCCGUGCUCGCAAGAACCACAAUGCCGCUGCUGCUGGAACUGCAGGAGCAACCACGGGUUUCUUUGGUGGAAGCCGCAUGAAAGAUCCUACGCUUGACGCUGCAAGGGGAAAAGUCCGUGCUGCUGAGCUCGCUGAAAAGGAGGCUGACAAGGCUCUCAUGGCUGCCAGAGCUGCAGUCGUAGACGCUCGGAGGCACGUCGAAAUUCUCGAGCGUGAGGCCAAUGAACAAGCUCGGCUUGCACAGCAAAAGAUCGCUGCUGCUCGUGGCAUCAAGUCCGAUGCCGGUCACCUUGGUCGUCAUAACCACUGA